CCCAACAUAGAGUCAGGGCAAAUAUUCCUAAGGCAGUAUUACAAGUCAAGUAGUAUUACAUUUGGCACCAGUGUCGGCCGUCAAGUGCCGGAAUCUCAAUCCACACGUUCUGUUUCCAUGCACAUGCAGUAUGAAACAGUUGCUGCCAACCAAGAGGGUGCUGCCAUGCUUCAACAGGCAAAUGCCAUAUUACUAUAUUAGGUUGCCAUGGGGAGGGAGCCUUCUUGAGCUUCUCCUAGCACUGGACCAGCAUGUUGCUCUUGAUCCUGUGUUCUCUGACACCUCAAUCUAAGGAUCCUGAUGGGAGCAGCUACAGCCGAUGCAGUUUCUCACCAGCGGCCAUCUGCUGGUUGAGGUUCUUCAGGAAAUUUGGACACUGGCCUGUCAGGUGGUGAUUGUACCAACCAUUUCUUGAGCCACGGGCCCACAGCUAGCUCUCAAACAAGCAAGUCGCACAAUGACAUGUUUGACAUCCAACAGUGAGAAGAUCUAGCAGUUCCAGCGAUCACUAACUCCUUGGAGACAUGGCAGGAGAGGCAGUUAACGCUGUGGUUUUGGCUGUGACUAGCGAGCUCACCAGCAGAGUGUUCUCCGGCCUGAUACAGAGGUACGGUAAGGAUGCAGCCACCAGGGAGAAGCUGCAGCGGCUAGAGAUGCUGCUAAUCAAGAUCAACAGCGCCGUUGAGGCGUCUCAGAAGCGCACCAUCAAGAACUCGUGGCUGCUCCAGUGGCGCGACAAGCCAGCCUUGCAAGGCAUGGAGGUUCUUGCCAGUUUCACACAGCGGGUCAAGGAUGCUGAAGAGACUAGCGACACCAAUAACCCUAACCAGCAGCAAGGCGAAGCAGCUUCUUCUUCUGCUUCUGCUCCCGCUACAGAUGUAGGUCCCCCGUCUUUCAGGAAGCAUUCUCUGUCCGGUAUGUUGCAGGGGAUUCGCAACACUAGAGCAAUUCUGUUCUCGAGUGGCAGCGGCGACAUGGUAAGGCUGAACAAGACAUUGGGAAGUUUAGAAAUGCUGUCACCAGACAUCAGUGAGUUCAUAAGUUUGCUUCACCUUGAGGCCUUGCCAAAGGCAGCUCAAACACAUUACGGUGGAUCAUUGUCGACAUGGAAGACGAGGAAGAGGAGAAGCUCGACCAGACAUAGAAAUCCCUCAGUGGAGCCUAGCUUAUUUAGUUUAUCGACAAAGUCGGACAAGACAGAAGAAAUGUCACCUGAAGAAAAAUACCCCCAGAAGUGCGACAACAAGCAUAUCUUCGACAACAAAUACUCCCAGAAGCGCAACAACAAGCAUAUCUUCGAGUUGGCGUGUAAGAAGUUAGCACUUUACCAGAAGGAGCAAGAGUUUGUGCUCCUGCGUCACAAGCUUGAGGCAGCAUUCGGCGAGAUCUCCAAGGCCGUCGAGCUGGCUGACAGACGCGACUUCGAAGACCUGGAGUGGCUAUCGUAUUGGGCUGGCAUCCUCAUGGAGGCGAAGGAACAAGUCCGGGAAGCCCUUGGCGCCACCGUCGAUGCAAAAGAUAAGCAGGAGCGAUGCGAGCAAGAAGAUGAACUCAGCAGUUUCGUCCAUAGACUAGAGGGGUUAGUUUGGGAUGCAGAAUACUUCAAGAAAUUGGUAGACCUCUGCCCUGCAUUCUAGCCUCUUGUUAUUAUUGUUGAAUAUAUAUGGUGUAUUGCCAGCCUUUUCCUCGCAAAGGAAGAUUCCACGUGAAACAAUUGGUGCAUUAAAUUUGUUGUACUCAUUUGUUUGUCUUCCUAUC